AUGGAUACUGUUCCCGAUCAAGCCACUAGUAUAUGCCCUCACUGUGAUCGGGCUAUUCCUGCUGCAAACAUUGAUUUGCAUUCUGUUCAUUGCUUACGGAACCUUGAAAAGUGUAAGGUUUGUGGUGAUAUGGUGCCCAAACAACAUGCUGAGGAUCAUUACUUGAACACGCAUGCGCCGGUUGCAUGUUCAUUGUGCAGUGAAACAAUGGGGCGUGAUAUUUUAGAUAUCCAUAAAGGUGAAAAAUGCCCUCAAAGGAUUGUCACCUGUGAGUUCUGUGAGUUUCCAUUGCCAGCAAUUGAUCUGGCAGAGCAUCAGGAUGUAUGCGGGAAUCGAACAGAGAUGUGCCACCUUUGUAACAAAUAUGUUAGAUUACGUGAAAGAUACAUUCAUGAAGUUGAUUGCAACAGACUUGAAGCCAAUGCUGCAGGAUCUUCAAGGGACGAGAGGCCAGCUGAAAGAGAUGAAAGUGCUCCAAGAAGGCCGCAGAACGAAUUCUCAAAAAGUCGUCUUCUUAUCACAAUAGCAAUAACUGGUAUUGCUGUUAUACUUGGAUCAAUUUUUUAUCCGAGAAAGGUAGAGGACAGUAAUGUGCAUUAG